AUGGCUCUCCUUCAAGUAAUUGUGACGACAUUGCUUGUGGCCGCCCUGUUGACGAUAGGAGGUGCCAUACGACGUCUGUUCUUCCACCCCUUGGCUCAUAUUCCUGGCCCGAGACUGGCGGCUCUCACCUGGUGGUAUGAAUUCUAUUUCGACGUAAUCCAGCCCGGCCAAUAUGUCUUCAAAAUCCAGGAGCUGCACAAACGAUACGGGCCGAUCAUCCGGGUCACCCCUGACGAGAUCCACAUCUCUGAUGUUGGAUUCCUCGACACCAUCUACGCCCCUUCUUCGUCCCCGAGAGACAAGUAUGAGUACCAACUGAGGUCCUUGCGGGUUCCCGGUGGGGUUGGCACCACUCCUAGUCUCGACGUUCACCGAAAACGCCGCGAAGCCUUGUCUCCAUUCUUCAGCAAACGUAAUGUGGUCCGCCUAGAGACGACGAUCACCAAGAAAGUGCAACAGCUUUGUCAGUUGCUUUCUAAACAUGCCUCCGAACAGACUCCAGUCAAUCUUUCGGAUGUUUUCUUCGCCUUCUCCAAUGAUGUUGUGAAUAACUUCUUGUUCUCUCAGAGGACAGACGUCCUUGCGGAUGAACAGAAAGCUGCCACACUACGCCGUAACAGCUACGAGCUCAUGGUGGGAGUCCAUCUCAACAAGCACUUCCCUUUCAUCCCCGACUUCCUAGAAUCUCUCCCGGAAUCCAUCAGUAGGCCUAUCAUGCCGCCCGGAUUGCUCGAUAUGCUAGAACUGUUCGAUCGAGUCCGAGCCGAACUAGGACUCAUCAUCAACGCCAAAGCCUCCGGAGCAGACAGUGAUUCGACAAUUGCAAAAUCAGUAUAUUACACCGUGCUCGACAGUCCCAUUUUACCGGCACCAGAGAAGGCCCUACUCCGGCUCGAGCAAGAAGGCGCACUCCUGGUCCUCGCAGGGACCGAAUCACCAGCAAAGUCCCUCAGCACGCUCUUCUACCACCUGCUGGCCAACCCCCAGAUAAUGACCAAGCUGCGAGAAGAACUCAGCACCGCCGCACAGCCAGCAUCGUGGGCCCAGCUCGAGCAACUCCCCUACCUCACCGCGGUGAUCGAAGAAGCCCACCGCCUCUCAUUCGGCGUCACAGCCAGGACGGCGCGUGUCGCGCGCGAAACACUCACAUACACACCCACACCCCACGCCGCAUACCCCUCAAACACGAGGAAGUCCUUCAAGAUCCCCGCCGGCACCCCCAUGAGCACAACCACCCUGAGCGCCCACACGGCGCCGAGCGUCUUCCCCGACCCGCUCGUCUUCGACCCGGGCCGCUGGCUCGGCGACGGGGGCCGCGGGCGCCAGCGGUACCAGAUGGCGUUUGGCAAGGGCAGCAGGAGGUGCCUCGGCAUCGAGCUGGCGCGCGCUGAGAUGUACCUCGUGACUGCGGCGCUGGCCCGGGGCUUUGAUAUGGAUUUGUGGGAGACUGAUGCGAGCGAUGUGGCGUUUGUUCAUGAUUAUCAUGUUUCGAUGCCGAGCGUUGGGUUCAAGGGGUUGGAGGCUACGGUGGCUGCCUUGUGA